AGAUAUCCUAAAAUGGAAAAUUUUAGGAUGACUGAUUAUAAUCUGUUGAUUGAUUAUUAUCUUAUCUUUUAUAAAAAAAAAUGUUCCAUAUAACAUAUUCGGCAGGUCUAGAAAAGGCAAAGUACCCAAAAGGAUAAACAAGGCUGUUAGGGAGAGGCUUAAACGCGAGCACUUGAAUGAGCUUUUCAUUGAGUUAGCCGAUACACUUGAAAUGAAUCAGCAGAACAGUGGGAAAGCCUCCAUACUGUGUGAAGCUACUAAGUUUUUGAAGGACGUGUUUGGUCAAAUUGAGUCCCUUAGAAAGGAGCAAACUGCUCUCCUCUCUGAAUCUAACUACUUAACAACAGAGAGGAAUGAACUCAAGGAUGAAACAUCAGUACUUGAGACCGAGAUCUCAAGACUACAUUCCGAGAUAGAAGCAAGAGUGAACCAGUCAAAACCUGACUUGAACACGUCCCCUACGCCUGAGUACCAUCAUCAACAGUAUCCCCAACUUGCGUCUCAGUUUUCAGGACUACCCAUUUUCCAAGGCGCCGGCUUUCAACAAUCUUCUGCAACUCCUCCUGGUGCCACGGUUAUUCUCCUUCCAAUGCAUCCUGAUCUCCAGACACAAGAUACUUCAGACUUGACAGGGCACCUGCAGACACAAGCGCCAACGGUGAUGUAUAAUAGCUCAAAUGUUAGUAAGCCAUGCCCAAGGUAUGCUAACGCUGCUGACUCAUGGCCUUCUCGGCUACUUGGAGAGCGGCUGAGAGUUAGCGAAUGAGUCUUAGGAGGGCCUCACAAGGAAGUAGGCGGGAAAACAAAGACAAUGGCAACUUGUGAAGAACCCUUGGGUUUUGGUAUGUAGCAUCCUCUAGUGUCCUUGUGGGUUUGGCCUUAGCCAUAACUUGUUUUGUAAUGGUUUGUUUAUAGGAUCAGAAAAGUUGUGGUCCUUUGAGAAAAAUAACGAAAAUAAUUGGCUAUAACCUAAUGGUUAAGGUUUAAAGGUUUCUACACCCAAGUAUAGGGUU